AUGGCCCGGCUGCUGCGCGCGCCCUGCCUCCUCCCGCUGCUGCUGGCCGGGCUCGCGCCGCUCUGCCGGGGCCAGGAGAAGUCCAAGACGGACUGCUACCCCAGCGUGAGCGGCACCAUCUACGAGUUCGGGGCGCUCACCAUCGGCGGGGAGGAGUACAUCCCCUUCAAGCAGUACGCCGGCAAGUACGUGCUCUUCGUCAACGUGGCCAGCUACUGAGGCCUGACGAGCCAGUACGUCGAGCUGAAUGCACUACAGGAAGAGCUCGAGCCCUUCGGCCUGGUGGUCCUGGGCUUCCCCUCCAACCAGUUUGGAAAGCAGGAGCCUGGCGAGAACUCGGAGAUCCUCAACACCCUCAAGUAUGUGCGGCCCGGGGGAGGCUUCGUUCCCAACUUCCAGCUCUUUGAGAAAGGGGACGUGAACGGGGAGAAGGAGCAGAAGUUCUACACGUUCCUGAAGAACGCCUGCCCGCCCACCACGGAGGUCCUGGGCACGCCCGGCCGCCUCUUCUGGGAGCCCAUGAAGACCCACGACAUCCGCUGGAACUUCGAGAAGUUCCUGGUGGGCCCGGACGGCGUGCCCGUCAUGCGCUGGUACCAUCGCACCACCAUCGGCGCCGUCAAGACCGACAUCCUGGCCUUCAUGCGGCGGCGCACGGCGCAGGAGCCCCCCGCGCAGUAGCGCCCCCGCGCCCCCUCCCCGCAGGCCCCGAGCCCCUCCCCGCCCGGCGGUGCUCCCCAGAGCAGCCGAGGCCAGCGCAGCAGGGCCACCCUGGGGGCGGCAUCUCCAUGAAGGAGAGGCCCGAAGCCCCCGUGGCGGGCCUCCCCAGAGCCUGUCUGAGGGCCCGGCCUUUGUGCAUUCGGGCCGGCCCCGGCAGGGAAGCCCCCCCAGGACGCGCCCUCCCGCGCUGCCCUUGGCCCUGGACACCGCUCCCCCACCAGCCCAGUAAAGGCCUCGACAGCAGCUGUGCCCACGUGUCCUUCUUCGG